GACCACAAAUCCUCACAAAACUUCACACCAUCCCCUAAAAACCUAGCUUGCUUCUCUAGCUACACCAUAAUGGCCUACAAAUUCAUUCUCGCAUUCCUUUUUCUCUUCGGGGCGUGCGCUUUUGAAGCCACUUCCCGAACCCUUGAAGAGGCAUCCUUGCUCCAGCGCCACGAGGAGUGGAUGGCUCACCAUUCACGUUCUUACAGGGAUCAUGUUGAAAAGGCCAAAAGAUUUAAGAUAUUCAAACAAAACUUAGAGUACAUUGAGUCUUUCAACAAAGCAGGCAACGGAUCUUAUAAGUUAGGCCUCAAUAAAUUUUCAGAUUUGAGUCACGAGGAGUUCCGGUCCAUGUUUCUUAAUGAAGACAACAUAUUCUUCCACCCUAAUAGGUUUCCAAGAAGAAACCCUAUUGGAAAUGGGAGCCAUGUUGGUGAAGCUUCAGACAGCUUGGACUGGAAAAAGAAGGGAGCUGUCACUGAAGUCAAAGAUCAAUCUCAGUGUGGUGCAUGUUGGGCGUUCACAGCGAUUGCAGCAGUGGAAGGAAUACAUCAGAUUAAGACUGGAAACUUAGUUUCCCUGUCAGAACAACAACUUCUAGAUUGCGACGAGAGAAGCUAUGGCUGCAAUGGGGGCAUGAUCACCGAGGCAUUCCAAUCAAUACAAGAUAUGGGGGGCCUUGUAUCCGAAUCCGAAUACCCAUACCAAGGCUCUCAGGGCAUGAGUUGCAACAAUCAAGGCUCCCCAGUGGCAAGCAUCACCGGAUUUAAUGAAGUGGCGCAGGGCGAAUCCGCACUGCUUCAGGCCGUGACCAACCAACCGGUCUCCGUCGGAAUCACCAUCGGCGGGAUGGCAUUCCAGCACUACUCCACCGGCGUCUUCAACGGCGAGUGUGGGAGCGGGUUCCACCAUGCAGUGACCGUAGUGGGUUAUGGGACUAGCAAGGAAGGAGAAAAGUAUUGGCUGAUAAAGAAUUCAUGGGGAACAAGCUGGGGAGAAGAAGGGUAUAUGAGAAUGGCGAGAGACACUUCUGAGGGAGGACUCUGCGGCCUUGCCACUAGGGCUGCUUACCCUACUGCUUAGUUAGGUAGUAUAAAUUAAAGCCAUAUUUUAUCAAAGUUUGGAUAAUUUAUUAAAUAUAUAGUACUAUGCAAAAUGAAACUAUUGUAUCUGGCUAAAAAAAAAAAAACUAUUGUAUCUGGAUUAUGAAAUAUAUUAAGAUAAGAAAUUCCCAUCAAAA